UCUGUGGUCGGUGUGCUUACGGUGUAGUUGAAAGGGUACAUGAAAUAGUAAUUAAGGUAAUUUUAACACUUAUUGAAAUCUAUAUACUCCUUCAACGACGACGUAACAUAAAAUUAAGAGGACGUCCUGAACUCUGCACCUAAGUGUAGGUAUCAAACUCGCCUCAUCUAGAAACAGUCGCAAGUACAACUGCGAAGAAUGGCUGUUAACCCCAUCUUCCGCUCGCCGUUCACGGACCUGACGGCCACGCUGCUGGUCCACGAGACGAACAAGUGCACGCCGCUCGAGAUGCGUCUCAUGAGCUGCUACGAAGCGUACGGCUUGGACAGAGGUGCAGACAAGUGCAGAGAUCUGGCCGAAGAUUUCAGCGAAUGUUGCACCAACUUCAAGCAGGUGAUGCGUGUUGAAGAGAUGCAGAAGGAGCGGGAGCGGCAAUACAAGGCCGGCGAGAGAAGCAAGGAAGAGCGCUACGCUAAGACUCCCGUGCUGGACACGUACUAGGCACUAGAAGGUGCAAGACAUUCGUCAGUAGAUAACCUUGUGCUCACCAAGCUGUGUAGAUACUACGUGAGAUUUAAAUAAAAACUGUUACUGUUUGGUAACAA